CCUGUCAUCGGUUUAAAUUCGCGACAACGUCAGACGGUAACCUCAUGCAAAAUCGGUGCGGACAUCAAAUGCCGCGGCUGUGGUUGGACCCGCAAAUUGUGUUAUGCCGGCGCGGCUGCGCUGCUGCUGUUACUCGAUUGCGAUCGCCUGGAUGACAAUCAUCGCCACCAGCCAUGCACUCGUACCGUCCGAAGAUUUGAGAAGUUUUGUCGUCGAAAAGAAUCGACGAACCAUCGGCUCGUUGUUUGUUGCUGAUGCAUCAUCAGGUGCGCAGAAUGUUGCUCGUGUUGAACGUCGAAGGAGAGGGUUGAGAAAUAGCAGUGGAUUUUUCCUUGAUAGGAUAGCGACGACCGCGGCUUCGAAAUACUCGGCUAGCGGAGAAAAUAGCGAAGCCAAAAAGAAGUCUUUGCUAAGAAUGACCAGUCCGGAAAUCUUUCAAGACUCGGACAGUUUAUUCGAUUCUGAUUCCAACGCACCUCACGUACGCGUAAAGCGAAUUGCCAAUUCAAUAGAUACACUUGCGCGAUCGAGUGAAAAGUCGACAUUCUCAUACAGAGAUCGACGCCGCAAUCCUCAAAAAAUAUUCAAGCGAUUCGCGAUCCAAGAAACAAAUCCAGCUGACGAGAACGAGGCCGAGUACUCGAACUUUGAUGAAGGAAACGUCGACUUCCCCGGCAACGCUUUUCUUGGCGACGAAAUCUCGAGAAAGCGAAAUCAUCUCGAAGACGUGUAUCCCGAAGUUACCGAUUUACCAAAAACAGAGGAAAGUCGAGCAAAACGGUCGAAUGUCGCGAACAGGCGGAAACGAGAUCGGCAGCACAGAGACGAGGAAAACGAGGAAGAGUACGACGAUGUAGAUUGUGUCGACGACGAAGAUUUUUACUAUGACGACGAGAUAGAGGACAGACAAACAGAUUCGCGAUCCAAAAAUUACGAGGAAGAGGAGGAAGAAAAAGAGCAAAAGAUGAAGAAACGCACAUCGGCAUCGAGCGCAAGCGAGUCAAAAUCGAAUAGCGAUCGGCUGUCUGAAAGUGGGCGGAAUUCAAAAGUUGUCGACGACGAAGAACAGUUGGCUGCUCUAAAGGGAAAAUCAUCAGCGGAUUCAUCUACUUCUUCGAAAAAGUCCUACAAAGAUACACAGACGAAGGAAAAGACGAAACCGAAGAAGAAACCAACUGAAAUCAAAUCAAAGGACGACCAAAAGAAACGAGCCAACGGCAGAAAAGGCAAAACCAAAUCCGAAUCCAAACAAAGCAAGAACAAAGCCAAGCCAAAACCGACUGAUAAGAAAAAAGACAAGAAACGAGCCAAACCAACGUCGAAGUCUAAAAGCUCGCAAAAGGUGGAGAAGAGCACUGCACCUGCGGUACACAGAGUUACCACUGAAUCAAUCGCAAACGUCAACAGUAACGAAGACGGCAAUGACAAAUGCGCAGAGGAAGAAGAGGAUAACGCGGGGGAAGAUAGGGGCGAUAAGGAGAGACUCAAACGCAACAAGAGCAUCUUGGUCAAGGCUGUUCCUCAAGAAGGUUCAGUGAAGGAGUUGCAGAUCUUUCAGAGAGCCGAUAACUCAAAAAAGAAGACAGAUAAGAGCGACAAAAAGACUACGGUGGCCCCAAACAAGGUUCAGAGCGAGGCAACGCUCGGGAAAUCGGAUAAGUACAUUGGCGAAGUGAAGGACCUAUUGGGCAGACUGAUCGUUAAGAUUGAUGACCUGCACAACCUCGUAUCUGAAAUGAGAAGCACGAAAGUCAAUCGCCAAGAACUCGUCGACGAAAAAAUUACGAGGUCGAACUUUCCCGUUGACAGACGGAGGCCGCGCCCCUGCAGCUUCCGUAGAAGUUCCUCGUCAUCAUCGGUCCUCUGGAGUCCGUGGACGCGCUGGAGUAGCUGCAGCGUAAGCUGUGGUCGUGGAAGCCAGACCCGCGACCGACGCUGUCUCGGCGGCUGCGACCAUCAGCUUAACAUUGAGAGUCAGACUAGAGUCUGUCAUCUUUCCGAAUGUCCGCCUGCCAAGUUUCUCGGCAUCUUCUAAGCUUUUCUGCUUUUUUAUGUACACUUAUAUCUACUUUUAGGAUUGUAUUUUUAUAUAGAUAAGCUUAUUGCUAUACGUAAGAAAUAUAUAUAUAUAUAUAUAUAUAUAUAUAUAUAAAAAUAAAUAGAUUUUAGAUUGGUGUAAUUGUUAAAGAUGCCAUUGCUGGAAGCUUUCAAUUCUUUUCACAAGAAAACAAAAUAUAGCACCUUAACGACGAAUACCAAAUUUUGAUACCAUCAGAUUUAAAAGAAAUUCUGUUUUUAAGACAAAUUUUUACAAAAAUGAAAGAAGGCAAAAAACAUGGGUCAAUAUAAAUUACAAUAAAACAAAUUUAUGUAACAAGUCGCAUGAAGUUUUAUUUUUUUUUUCUUAUCUCGUUAGCAAGUACAUAAUAUACACAAUCGAUCCAUACCAUUUAUCUCAGCCCUCUCGCGAUUAUUCACAUUUAACGAGCGCACAAUGUCGUUAUUAGAAAAUUUUGAAUAUAAAAGAUUCAAUUCAAAUUAAAAAUAUUGGAUUUCAAUUAUUUUUCUUCAGCUGUACAAAAUUAAAUACGUAAUUGUUUAAAAUAUUGCUUUAAUUUUAUCAAAAUCAGAGUUCUAAUGAUAAAUUCAUUAUUUAUAAUAAAAGUUGCGUAGGUCAACAUUUUAAAUAAAUUAAGUCUAUCGAUCGCCUUUAAUUAAAAAUUAGUACUUUACAGCUGUUUUACAAAUGAUUGCAAUCGUGCAAUUUUAAACUAAUUUGUAAAAAAAUUUUGAGUUUGCACAACAAUGUAUUAUAAAAAUAAAAACUAGAGAAACUGCGUGCACUAUUUUCACAAAUUCAAAAACGCCCAAUCGAAAACACGCUGACGAGAACUUUACAAUGAACACGAGUUUGACUAAUACAAAAUUUUUGCAGCUGAAAAAUUCUCGCGUUCGAGCUGACGACUUUCAUUUAGUUCAACUAACAUACUCUCGCACUGUACAAUAUUUAUACAGCUAA